UUCAAAGUCGUGCAAGGACUAGGCUUUGAAAUUUGACCAAUCUAAUUCUAAUUAAUGAUCUUGUCUCAUUUUUUUUUUUUUUUUUUAAAUCUUUCUUCGGUUUCCACUCCAAUCAACAUAUAUUAGUAUUAUUUUAUUUCCUUGAUUUUCAAGAACUCUUUUCGUAGUGGAAGGGAAAAAAAAUACAUAUUUUGAAAGAUUUGAGAGAGAGAGAGAGAGAGAGAGCGGUGGCACUGGCAAACAAAUCCAACCCAUCUUCAAGAAUCUUUCUCUUUUGGUAUAUAAUCUAUCGUCAUCUAAUAUUCUACGUGGUGGUUCUUUAAUUAUCGAAUACUGUUGGUGAUUAUUGUAGUUGUAUCAAACUUUUCUAAACCCCACCCACCACUCCUCCGCCUUCUUUUCUUGUAUUGCCGAUCGUAUUUGUAUACGUCAACUUCUUGCUAUACAAUAUAUAUACAAAUCCUGAACUCUCCGAUAAAACCCAGUUCUCAAAAUCCCUUAUCGUGGACUCCGCCAAUAUGAGUUCUGAAUCCACUACAUCAACUUCCGCCGCCGGUGGAGUUCAGAUCAAGCAGUCUAGACGACUACCUGAUUUUCUACAAAGUGUGAAUCUUAAAUAUGUGAAGUUGGGUUAUCAUUAUCUAAUGAGUCAUUUGUUGACUCUUUGUUUGAUUCCUCUAAUGGCGGUCAUUAUCGUAGAAGCUUCUCAAUUAAACCCAGAAGACGUUCAUCAACUCUGGCUCCAACUUCAAUACAAUCUCGUUACUGUCAUCGUCUGCUCCGUUUUUGUUGUUGUUGGGUCUACUGUUUAUAUUAUGACCCGACCGAGAUCCGUUUAUCUUGUUGAUUAUGCCUGUUACAAGCCUCCACCAAAGCUUCAAGUCAAAUUCCAUCAAUUUAUGGAGCAUUCAAAGCUAACUGGUGAUUUUGAUGAAUCCUCAUUGGAAUUUCAAAGGAAGAUCCUAGAAAGGUCAGGGCUUGGUGAAGAAACUUAUGUACCUGAAGCUAUGCAUCAUAUUCCACCAAGACCAUCAAUGGCUGCAGCAAGAGAAGAGGCAGAGCAGGUGAUGUUUGGUGCAUUGGAUAUUUUAUUUGCUAAUACCAAUAUAAAACCUAAAGAUAUUGGUAUUCUUGUUGUAAAUUGCAGUUUAUUUAACCCAACGCCAUCACUUUCUGCUAUGAUUAUUAAUAAGUAUAAAUUAAGGGGAAAUAUUUUGAGUUUCAAUCUUGGCGGUAUGGGUUGUAGUGCUGGUGUUAUAGCUAUUGAUCUGACUAAAGAUUUAUUACAAAUUCAUAGGAAUUCUUAUGCUGUUGUUGUUAGUACAGAGAAUAUUACACAAAAUUGGUAUUUUGGGAAUAAGAAAUCAAUGUUGAUUCCAAAUUGUUUAUUUAGAGUUGGAGGUGCUGCUGUUUUGCUAUCAAAUAAAUCUACAGAUAGGAGAAGAGCUAAGUAUAAGCUUGUUCAUCUAGUUAGGACUCAUCGUGGGGCGGAUGAUAAGGCCUUUAGGUGUGUAUAUCAGGAGCAAGAUGAUGAAGGAAAAACUGGGGUUUCUUUGUCUAAAGAUCUAAUGGCAAUUGCUGGUGGUGCACUUAAGACUAAUAUUACCACAUUAGGUCCUUUGGUUCUUCCAAUUAGUGAGCAACUUUUGUUCUUUGCAACUUUGGUUGCUAAGAAGUUAUUCAAUGCCAAAGUUAAGCCCUAUAUACCGGAUUUUAAGCUUGCAUUUGAUCAUUUCUGUAUACAUGCUGGAGGAAGAGCUGUUAUUGAUGAGCUUGAGAAGAAUUUGCAACUUUUGCCUUUACAUGUUGAGGCUUCGAGAAUGACUUUGCAUAGGUUUGGUAAUACUUCGUCCAGCUCAAUUUGGUAUGAGUUGGCUUAUACAGAGGCAAAAGGCAGGAUGCGGAGAGGGAACCGUGUGUGGCAAAUAGCUUUUGGAAGUGGUUUUAAGUGUAACAGUGCAGUGUGGCAAGCUCUGAGGAACAUAAAGCCAUCUACGAAUAAUCCGUGGGAAGAUUGCAUUGACAGGUAUCCAGUUCAGUUAGUCUUGUAAUUUGCAAACAAUUUAAUUAGGUUCAGUUUGGAGAAGAAGGGUACUUUGAUACAUUUAUUGGAAAUCACUUUGCUAUUUUCUUCUGGGGCCUGUUAGUUUCCUUUUCUUUUGUUUUUCCCCAUUUCUUGGGUCAGGUCAUGUGUGAUUUCAUCAGAAAAGUCUUGGUGUCUCAUGCAAUAACAACAAUGCUGAAAUUCUGUUAUUCUGCUUUAAUGCUUAGAUGAUUACAGAGCUGAGUUUAGUCUAAUGUGAGGUCUCUGUUGCUUUGAAGUGCAUAAUAAUGUUAUUGUAGAUAUUCAUUUUGUUUUCAAUGGAAUUUGAAUACGCAAGUUCAUGAUUUA